AAAAAGCUAAAUCAACAUCACUGCUGUGUGUGUUACAAUUUAGCAGCAUUUACAUAAAUUCAUAUACAAUUUACAUUUACGUAUACAUAAUAUUUCGAUAUGGCAAUAAGCGAUGAAGAAGUUGAUCAUAUAAUAAACACGCUAAGCUCGUUGCAAGGCGCAGAGAGCAACUUGCCACAGAAGCUGAUUACUGAGCUUUGUCUGCGCGCUCGCGAGUUGUUCAGCAUGGAGCCGAUGCUGCUGGAGGUGGCGGCGCCGUUGAAUAUUUGCGGCGACCUGCACGGACAGUUCGAGGAUCUGUUGCGCAUUUUCGCUGCUUGCGGCACGCCGCCCACAACCAGAUACUUGUUCCUAGGCGACUACGUGGAUCGAGGCAAGCAGUCGCUGGAGACCAUUUGCUUGCUGUUUGCCUACAAGGUGCGCUAUCCGCAGCAUGUGCAUUUGCUGCGCGGCAAUCACGAGUGCGCCAGCAUCAACAAGUUGUAUGGCUUCUAUGAUGAGCUUAAGCGGCGCUAUAAUGUCAAGCUCUGGCGCAGCUUUGUGGACUGCUUUAACUAUUUGCCCGCUGCGGCGGUGGUGGGCACGCGCAUCUUUUGCUGCCAUGGCGGGCUGUCGCCGCAUCUGCAAAGCUUGCAACAGAUACGCGAGCUGAAGCGUCCCAGCGAUGUGCCCCGGCAGGGACUGCUCUGUGAUCUGCUGUGGGCGGAUCUCAACCACGAGGGACUGGGCUGGGGCCACAAUGAGCGCGGCCUUAGCGUCAGCUAUGCCGAGGACAACAUCGAGGAGUUUGCCAGCAAGCAUGAUAUCGAUUUAAUAUGCCGCGCUCAUGAGGUCGUCGAGGAUGGUUACGAGUUCUUUGCCCAGCGCCGGCUUGUAACGAUUUUCUCUGCUCCCAACUAUUGCGGCGAGAUGAACAAUGCGGGUGCAGUUAUGAAAAUUAAUAAACUUUUGCAAUGCUCGUUUGCCGUACUCAAGCCCUUGCAGCAUUUCAAGGACUGCAAGGCGGUGCCCAAGGUGCUCUACUGCAAGUCCGCCAUUAAAUAAAGUAUUGUGUUUAAAUUAAAACAAAAGUAAGUGGGCGGCUUUGACUUUUAUGCCAUAUACACUUUAAU